AUGUAGGCGAUCAGCAUCAGCCGGCGGCACUCUCACACAAAUACGCACGGGGUCAGCGCAGGCGGCUGAGAAGAACUCAGGUCCCUCUGCUUCGCUCGUCAUCUUCAUCAUCGUCACCCUCGUCCGUCCAUCAUGCACAGCAAGGAACAGAUCAGCCAUGAUGAAUACCAGAAGACAGCUGAUUGGCUGAUGUCCCAGACGCAGCACCGUCCUCAGGUGGCCAUCAUCUGUGGCUCUGGACUGGGCAUGCUCUGUGACACCCUCAAGUGCCAGGACUCCUUCGCUUAUUCCGACAUCCCGGGCUUCCCUCAGAGCACAGUGCAGGGUCACGCAGGCCGACUGGUUUUCGGGGAGCUGAAGGGGAAGACGUGCGUGUGCAUGCAGGGACGCUUCCACAUGUAUGAAGGACACUCGCUCUGCAAGACGACGUUUCCAAUCCGGGUCUUCAAGAUGAUGGGAGUGGACACUCUGAUCGUAACCAACGCCGCCGGAUCCCUCGCUGACGGCCUCCAACCUGGCGACAUCAUGAUCAUCAAGGACCACGUUAACUUCCCCGGACUGGUCGGCCUGAACCCGCUCAGCGGGCCCAACGACGACAAGUUCGGCCUGCGCUUCCCAGCCAUGUCCGGCUGCUAUGACAGAGGCCUGCGCUGCCUAGCGAUGGAGAUCGCCAAGCAGCAGGGGGUGGCCGGGCUCACGCGGGAGGGCGUCUACGCCAUGGUGGGGGGGCCCAACUUUGAGACCAUCGCCGAGGCCCGACUGCUGCAUCGCCUGGGCGUGGACGCUGUCGGGAUGAGCACCGCUCCGGAGGUGGUUGUGGCCACUCACUGCGGCCUGAGGGUGUUCGGCCUCUCUCUGAUCACCAACAAGGUGGCCACGAGCUACGAGGACGGCGAGAGCGUGGACCACGAGGGCGUCCUGGAGGUGGGGCGGCUGCGCUCGCUGGCGGUGCAGCAGCUGGUGGCGGAGCUGGUGAGCAGGCUGGAGAUCAACAACAACAGCGACGGCGCCGUCUGAGCGCGUGCGUAGCUAUGUACAUACCGCGAGAACGCCAGCGGCGUUGAAUUCUCUCCAGGUUCAAACUUUUUCCACGUCAUUUUUUUUUAAUCCUCGCUGUAAUAAAGACAUUAUUUAUAUCACUGUGGAUUCGCUCCAACAGGGUAAAUCUGCUUGUAAGUAAUGAUACUGGAUUGUAAUCCUACAGAUUAAUAUAACAAUGACCACUGUGUUUAAUGGUGCUUGACUAUAAAAAGACACAAACAAGGA